AUGGUGUCUCUGCUGGACAGCAUAGCCAGACCUUCUGCUGUUGUUUUGCAGCUGCUUGUGGUGUUAGGUGUCAUCUUCGUGCUACCGAAGGUGCUCAGGAUCUACCGGGAGAGGAAGAAGCUCAUCAAAGCCCUGGAGGCAUUCCCUGGUCCCCCCAGACACUGGCUAUAUGGCCACAACCAUCUGAUAAACGGCAAAAAAAUAUUACCUUUGAUGGUGUCAUGGAGACAACAAUACCCCUACGCCUUUCCCAGAUGGUUUGGAAUGGUGCUGCCUAUCCUGGUAAUCCACCAUCCUGAAUAUGCCAAGAACAUACUCGUCCGAGGGGAUCCAAAGUCUAAUAUACUCUAUAAAUACUUAGCUGCCUGGAUUUGGCAGGGGCUGUUGACCCUGAAUGGAACCAAGUGGUCUCAGCAUCAGAAGCUGCUCGCUCCUGCGUUUCAUUAUGACAUGCUGAAAUCUUACGUGGCCCUGAGGUCCAACUCAGUCAAAGUGAUGCUGGAUAAAUGGGAAAAGACCGGCACACAGAGGAAGUCAGUGGAGCUCUUUCAAGACAUCAGCUUGAUGACGCUAGACAACAUCAUGAAGUGUGCCUUCAGCUCUAACACCGACUGCCAGACUCAGAGCAACUCAGACUAUUAUAUCAGAGCUGUUUAUGAACUGAGCUGCCUCGUAAGCAAGAGAAUACAGGCUUUACCUUACAGAGAUGCCUUCUAUGGCUGGACUCGCCAAGGCCGCAAGUUUCAGCAUGCCUGCAAGCUGGCCUAUGCCCACACAGAUAAAGUAAUAAAAGAAAGAAAGUUACUGCUCUCCAGUGACAAGGAACUUCACAACAUCCAGAAGAAGAGACACCUGGAUUUUCUGGACAUUCUUCUUUGUACCAAGGACGUGAAUGGCGUUGGGCUAUCCGAUGAGGACCUGCGUGCCGAGGUGGACACGUUCAUGUUUGAGGGUCAUGACACCACAGCCAGUGGGAUCUCCUGGCUCUUGUACUGCCUGGCGUUGCAUCCGCAGUACCAGCAACAGUGCCGGGAGGAGAUCCAGGGGAUCCUGGGGGACCGAGACACCAUUGAGUGGGAGGACCUGGGGAAGAUGACAUACACCACGAUGUGCAUCAAGGAGAGCCUGUGCCUCUUCCCACCGGUUCCUGUCUUGUCCCGACAGCUCUCUACACCUGUCACAUUCUCUGAUGGGCGCAGCUUACCUGCAGGCUGCCAAGUUGUGUUGGACAUAUUUGCUAUUCACAGGAACCAGGACGUGUGGGAAGACCCUGAGGUGUACGAUCCCCUGAGGUUUUCUCCUGAGAACUCAGCACAGAGGCACUCCCACGCCUUCCUGCCCUUCUCUGCUGGAUACAGGAACUGCAUCGGGCAGCAGUUUGCCAUGAGCGAGAUGAAGGUGGCCCUGGCCCUGACCCUGCUCUGCUUCGAGCUGCUCCCCAACCUGUCCAGGCCUCCUGUACUGAAAGCACAGCUCGUCCUCAAGUCCAGCAGUGGCAUCCACCUGCACCUGAAGAAGAUUCGCUGA